AUGGGUUUCAAAAAUACAUUUGCUCCUAGUACUACAAAUGUUCCAGAAAGACGUUGUCCAGCAGAUUGUGAUUAUGUCUUGACAUGCGAAGAUCGAAAGAAAAUAGACUCCCGUCUUAAAUGGGCUAAAAACCUAAGUAUAAGUGAACCAGCGGUUUGCAACAUUGCAUAUCAAAAAUGUAGGUGUGCUCCAGGAGCAGAGUUUGAUGAUGAACAAAACAAGGCAUUCUCUCAGCUCAUCAAUGCAUUACCUAGUAACACAGGACUAUGUGUCAGCCUUCAGGAGAAGUACUGUCGAGAGUGUCGAUUAGAUGAUGGCACUGUCAUUAAAGAGGGCCAAACUCUGACACGCAACGAGUGUGAGAUUUGUAAAUGUAUGGAGUUUGACUAUAAUGAUGUUGUUGGUCAGUGCAGAAAGCAAUGUAGUUUAACAGAGGAGGACUGUUCAAAGAAGGGACUGUUUUUGUACAAGCCUGAAGGAGAGUGUUGUAAAUGUUCUAAACAAGAGACAACAGAGUCACCGAUAAAUGGAACAACCAAGUAUCCACGUUGUCCAGCAGAUUGUGAUUAUGUCUUGACAUGCGAAGAGCGUAAGAAAAUAGACUCUGGCCUUGAUUGGACUAAUAACCUAAGUAUUAGGAAACCAGCGGUUUGCAACGUUGCAUAUCAACAAUGUAGGUGUGCUCCAGGAGCACAGUUUGAUGAUGAACAAAACAAGGCAUUCUCUCAGCUCAUCAAUGCAUUACCUAGUAACACAGGACUAUGUGUCAGCCUUGAGGAGAAGUACUGUCGAGAGUGUCGAUUAGAUGAUGGCACUGUCAUUAAA